GUCAGCCUCUCGUCUCCAACUAGAUAAUUCGUCUUUGAGGUCAAUGAGUGGAGAGUGGACAUGAACUGAAAGACAGAAAUUCAUAGCGAGCAUAUUCGGCGUGAGGAACGGCUUCAGACUAUUUCAGUAAACAGUCAUAACGAAGAUGCAACGAUGACUCAACCUCAGCUGAAUGAGUUCAUUCCCCCCCCGGAGUGCCCUGUUUUUGAGCCCAGCUGGGAGGAAUUUGCCGACCCUUUUGCGUACAUCAACAAAAUACGACCCAUUGCAGAGAAAACUGGCAUCUGCAAGAUCCGACCGCCGCCGGACUGGCAGCCACCAUUUGCCUGUGAUGUUGACAGACUGAAAUUCACACCACGGAUACAAAGACUUAAUGAGUUGGAGGCUCAGACCAGAGUUAAGCUCAACUUCCUGGAUCAAAUAGCAAAAUUCUGGGAGCUUCAAGGAUGCACUCUGAAAAUCCCUCACGUGGAAAGAAAGAUUUUGGAUCUUUACCAGCUGAAUAAGCUGGUUAAUGAAGAAGGAGGCUUCGAUGCAGUCUGCAGAGAGCGGCGCUGGACUAAGAUAUCCGUCAAGAUGGGCUUUGCUCCAGGCAAGGCUAUUGGCUCUCAUCUGCGGGCACACUAUGAGAGGAUCCUCUACCCAUAUAAUGUGUUCCAGACUGGAGACAAUCUGCCUAGGGCCACCUUGACCAAUGACACUAAAGAUAAGGAGUACACCCCCCAUGACCUGCCACAGCGGCAGUCUGUCCAGCCCCAGGAGACCUGUAGCAUCGCUCGCCGAGCAAAACGAAUGAGAUCUGAAAGAGGCUGUGUUAAAACCGAACCUGGGCAAGUUUGUGAGAAUCGUCCCAAUCUCAGGAGGAGGAUGGGAACAUAUUCUGCCAAACCAGAACCCGUGAGGAUGGCAGUCACUGAGGUGAAAAAGGAGCCCAUUGAACAUAAGAAUCCAACAGAUUAUGAAGAAACUGUAUUAAAUACAAUGAACAAACCUCCCAUGAGUAAAGUGGACCAGUACAUGUGUCUGGUAUGUGGCAGUGGGACUGCUGAGGACCGCCUGCUGCUGUGUGACGGCUGUGAUGACAGCUAUCACAUCUUCUGUCUGAUCCCUCCCCUCCACGACGUUCCCAAAGGCGACUGGAGAUGCCCCAAGUGCCUGGCUCAGGAAUGUGGCAAACCUCCUGUUGCUUUUGGCUUUGAGCAGGCAAGCAGGAGCUACACGCUCCAAAGUUUUGGAGACAUGGCAGAUUCCUUCAAGUCUGAUUAUUUCAACAUGCCAGUUCAUAUGGUUCCUACUGAGCUAGUGGAGAAGGAGUUCUGGCGUCUAGUCAGCACCAUUGAGGAGGAUGUCACUGUCGAGUACGGAGCAGACAUCGCCUCCAAGGAGUUUGGGAGUGGUUUCCCUGUGAGGAACAGCCAUUUUGAAGUCUCUCCUGAGGAUGAGCAUUACCUGAGCAGCGGCUGGAACCUGAACAACAUGCCGGUGCUAGAUGCCUCUGUGCUGACUCAUAUUACAGCCGACAUCUGUGGGAUGAAGUUACCCUGGCUGUAUGUGGGCAUGUGCUUCUCCUCCUUCUGCUGGCAUAUUGAGGACCACUGGAGCUACUCCAUAAACUACCUUCACUGGGGGGAGCCGAAGACGUGGUAUGGAGCCCCUGGUUAUGCUGCAGAGCACCUCGAGACGGUCAUGAAGAAUCUGGCACCUGAGCUGUUUGAAUCCCAGCCAGACCUCCUUCACCAGCUGGUCACCAUCAUGAAUCCCAACACGCUGAUGAACAAUGGCGUCCCGAUCUAUCGCACCAAUCAAUGCGCAGGCGAGUUUGUCAUCACUUUCCCCAGAGCUUACCACAGUGGAUUCAACCAGGGUUUCAACUUUGCUGAAGCUGUCAACUUUUGCACCAUGGACUGGAUGCCUAUUGGCCGCAACUGUGUGACACACUAUCGCCAGCUGAGCAGGUACUGUGUCUUCUCCCAUGACGAGAUGGUUUGUAACAUGGCCUAUAAAGCGGACACGAUGGACGUCAACCUGGCGUCAGUAGUGCAGAAGGAGAUGACCGCCAUGGUCCAAGAAGAAGAAAAACUAAGAGAGAAGAUGAGCAGGAUGGGUGUGGUGCAAUCUCGACAAGUUGAUUAUGAGGUGCUCCCAGACGAGGAGCGGCAGUGCUGCAAGUGUCGGACCACCUGCUACCUGUCUGGCAUCACCUGUGCCUGCAGUCCUGGCAAGAUGGUUUGUCUGUACCACACUGAGGACCUCUGCUCCUGUCCUCGUAGCAACCUUACACUCCAUUACAAGUUUACACUGGAUAAGUUGUAUCCCAUGAUAGCAUCAGUGACGCUGCGUGCAGAGUCCUAUAAAGACUGGGUCUGUAAUGUGCAGGACAUCCUGGAGAACAAAGGAAACAAGAAAAGAGGUUUGGAAGAGCUUCACAGCCUGGUGGAGCAGGCAGAAACAAAGGCGUUCCCACAAAUCGACCUCCUGGAUCAGCUGCGCAUCGUCACCUCAGAGGCUGAUAAAGUUGCUGUGAUGGCACAGCAACUUCUCAAUGGAAAGAGGCAGACGAGGUAUCGCUCUGGAGGAGGAAAGUCUCAAAACCAGAACGAGUUGACUGUGGAGGAGCUGAGGUCUUUUGUCCGACAGUUCGACAACCUGCCAUGCAACAUCCGACAGGCUCCUUUACUGAAGGAUCUGUUGACCCGGGUGGAUGACUUCCAGCAGCGCAGUGAGCGUCUCCUCUCUGAUGAGUCACCCAGCCCGCUGGAGCUGCAGGACCUGCUGGACGUGAGCCUGGGCCUGGAUGUGGAGCUGCCUCAGCUGCCCCUGCUGAGGGAGAGACUGGAGCAGGCCCGCUGGCUGGAGGCCGUGCAGCAAGCCAGCAGCCGGCCAGAAAGCCUCUGCCUGGACACCAUGAGGCGGCUGAUAGACCAGGGCGUGGGCUUGGCCCCUCACAGCUCUGUGGAAAGAGCCAUGGCUCGCCUGCAGGAGCUGCUGACGGUGUCUGAGCAGUGGGAGGAGCGGGUGCUCAGCAUCAUGGAGGCCAGGCCAUAUCACAGCUUAGAAACACUUGACGCUGCUCUACAAGAAGUAGAAAAUAUCCCUGCCUAUCUGCCCAACUGUCUGCAGCUGAAGGAUGUCAUCACCAAGGCCAAGAAAUGGCUUCAUGAAGCCGAAACACUCCAGCUCGGGGGACGUAUUCCUGUGCUAGACAGCCUCUCUGAGCUGGUUCUCAGAGCUGAGGGAAUCCCAGUGAGACUCGACCCGCUGAGUCGACUGGAGGCCCUCGUCAGUGACGUUCAGACCUGGAAGGAGAGCGCAGCAAGGACAUUUCUACUGAAAAACUCCCCUUUCUCUCUCCUCGAGGUGCUUUGCCCGAGAUGUGACGUAGGGGCCUGGCAUCAGAAGUCGAGAUCUAAAAAAGCAAAAGAAGCUACACAGAUCAGUAAAAAAUCUACGACAAAACUGGAGUCUCUGUGUGAUGUGGAGAGAGCUCUGUCUGAGAGCAAGGACUCUGCCUCUGCUAUGGCCACUCUCGCUGAGGUCCGGCAGAGGGAGAUGGAGAUCUUGUUGGCUCUGCGUGCUUCAAACGAGUCCAAGCUUCUUCCUGCUGAAAACUGUUGUGCACUUAGUGUUUGUGUUUGCCAAAAGGCCCCUUCGGGUGCCAUGGUGCAGUGCGAGCUCUGUCGAGAAGUUUUCCACUGCGGCUGCAUUACAACAACCACAGACCUUGAGUAUGGCCAAGCCUGGCUUUGCCCGCUUUGCCAGCGGUCGAGGAAACCCCCUCUGGACAAGGUCCUGCCCCUCUUAGCUUCACUGCAGAGGAUUCGGGUUCGACUGCCAGAAGGGGACGCCCUGCGCUUCCUCAUCGAGAGGACGGUGCGAUGGCAGCACCGAGUUCAGCAGGCCUGCACAGAGGGAGUGCUGGAGAAAGUGUCAAAGGUGGGGAGAGUGGGACCCGGAGUAUCUUCUCAUCUGACUCAGGAAAUAAAAAUGAAACUUUUUCAUACAGAGCACCAGUCUGUUCCACUCCUGGGCCUCGGUCCCGAGCUGGAAGAGCUGAUGGUUGAGGGAUUCCUGCUGCAGGUCACUCUGCCUGAAACCGAGCAGCUGUACAGAUACCUGUUGUACAAACUGACCCCCCUGCCCUCACAUAGCGCCCCCUGUGGGAACAACACAGAACAGGACCAACAGUCUCAGAGAGGGAGCCCCCACCACAACAAGAAUGGAGUUUCCAGUCCCAAAAAUGAGGCGGUGAACAGUCAGAGCAAAAGGACCAAGCGGCGUAAGGAAAGCUCAGACUCUCAGCAUAGCGAGAAGGCCAAGAAAUGCCGCAAAAAGAAGUCUAAGAAAAGCAAAGAGAGGAGUGAAGAAGCCAAGAGGACUAGUUCUCCCACACACACAGUGUCUGACCCUGCUCCUUCAGAUUCAGAGGAGGACUACUCACUGUGUGCUGCACCAUGGUGCAGAGAGCCAGAGGGCGACGAGGUAAACUGGGUCCAAUGCGACGGCAGCUGCAAUCAGUGGUUCCACCAGGUCUGUGUGGGAGUGUCUGCUGAGCGAGCUGAGAAGGAGGACUAUGUUUGCAUAAGCUGCACACAGCCAGAUUACAACAGAGGAGAAUGAAGACCAAAAUGUGACGUCGAAGGAUCAGCAGUUUUUGUUUCCAGCUGCAGCACUUAGGUGCACACCUGAACUCUGUGUGCCCUGUGGCUUCUCCCCUUUACCUUCUGGCUUGCCCUUAGUGAACACGGUGCUAAUUACUGUUUUUCCAGAGUUUCAAAAGACUUCUGUCACUGUUUUCGUCACGUGGCUGGUUUUUCAACCAAUCAACUAAUCCUUUCUGAAACUUUCCGAGACUUGAUGCAGGUGUACAAAAUGGCAAAAUGUUUCAAGAACCAACAGCGCAGGGAUUUUUCAACCAAAAAAAAAGUCAAUUUGACAUCACGUUUAAGAACAGCUUUUUUUUUUUUUUUUUUUUUUAACAUGCAUCUGAACAAUGUGAAACUUAUCUUUCUCUUGUAGAGUAAAUAUUAUUUAUCUAAGCAAUAACUGAACUGAUUAACUGAGGUUCGGUUUUCACAUGAGCUAUAUUUGUGCUUAGAAGUUAUUUGAUAGAAUUCCUUCUCAAAGCAAAAACCCUGAAGAAUUCACUUUAUGAAUCCUGUGAUAUUACACAGUUCAAUUUAAAAUUUGUGAACAGAAAUAACUUGAAUCAGAAACCAGAGAGCAAUGACUGUAUGUCUGAGCUUGUUGAUCUAAAAUGUGCAAAAGUUUGCACCUGAAUAUCCCUUAACAAAUCACUGACUUUAAUAUAAAGUCUGGUUCCUAUUUGCGCUGUCUGCAGAGGAAAAAGAUGAGUCCUGAAUCCCUUGUUCCUGGCGCUGGGUGAGACUCGAUUAUGUUCACAAAAUAAGAAUGAACUGUCCGACAUCAAAGGAAUGUACUUUUUUUUCUUUUUUUUUUUGAGGGUGGAUUUUUCCCUUUAUGGUUUAGGAUGAAAAUAUUGUGUUGGACUUAGAUUUAACACAGACUGUGUGAUUUAUUUGCCACGGGUAUAUGACCUUUUUUCUGCUCCUUUGGGUAAAUAAUAUAAUUCAUAUGUUGCAGUUUGCAUUAUAAAAUAAAAAUGUUUGUUCCCAUA